AUGGCUGGCAAGAAGGGAGCAGACAACAGCAAGAAGGCCGCUGGCAACGCCCGCAAGACCGAAGCAGCCGCCCAAAAGGCCGCCGCCGAGGACGCGAAGAAGGCCGCCGCCGAGGAGGCUGAAUGGUCAAAGGGUGCCAAGGGCAACGCGAAGAAGGAGGCGGAAGCCGCCAAAAAGGCCGAGGCAGCUCGGAAGAAGGCCGAGAAGGAGGCUCUCCUGAAGGAGGAGGAGGCCAACACACCGGGUCGAGCUGGCCCGAAGAACAGCAAGACGGCUGUCAAGAAGACGCGCGGGCUCGACCUGUCGCAGCUCGACGAUGACCGCAGCGGCGGCUCGCUCGCAGCGCUCAACGCCACGGGUAUCGACAACGCGCUUGACGCCCUCUCGCUGACGGGAUCCGACAACAACGCCAAGGUCGACAGGCACCCCGAGCGACGGUUCAAGGCGGCGUAUGCGGCCUUUGAGGAGCGCCGCCUCAAAGAGAUGGACGACGACGGCACGGGCCAGGGCCUGCGUCUGCAGCAGAGGAAGGACAAGAUCAGGAAGGAGUUUGAGAAGAGCCCGGAGAACCCCUUCAACCAGGUGAACGCGAAGUUCGACACCACAAAGGAGGAGCUGGCCGAGAUCAAGCAGAAGGAGAAGAGCAAGAUCGAGGCCAGACUCGGGAAAUAG